AUGGGCCGGAGGCUGUACCGGCUCCUCAUGCUGCUGCCAGGCCCUAAUCUGCAUAGGGCCCUGUCCGUACCGCCUCCUCAGUGCUGCUGCCAGGCCCGUAAUCUGUCAUGGGCCCCCAGUACCGCAAUCCUCAUGCUGCUGCCAGGUCCACAGUGUGUCAUGGGUCCCUGUACGGCCUCCCAUUGCUGCUGUCUCAUCGCCACACUCUGCCAUUGUGCCACUUUCAGGUCUCCUUCACACUGCUGGUGGGUUCCAUUUUGUCAUAGGGUGCUGUAUGGCCUCCCAUUGCUGCUUGCCAGGCCCGUUAAUCUGCCAUGGCCCCCCCCGAAACUUCCCAUGCAUGCUUGCCCAGGCCCGUAAUCUGUCAUGGGCCCCUGUACCACCUCUCAUGCUGCUGUCAGGUCGACAUGUGUCAUUGGGUCCCCUGUACGUCAGCCUCCCAGUG